UCUUCAACGCUACUGUGUAAAAAUGCGCUUUUGUCUCGGGCACAGCCGGAGCAUCUGUACAACCCGAGAGGUUUCACCGAAUAUCCGCGUUUUUCAAAUGGUGUGAUGGUCGUCAACAUUAGCCCAACCAAAAGAGCAGGAACACCUCCGGACAAACACAUGGACGCUCUGGAACAUCCCAUGUUGCAAUCUCAAAGCAAAGGAGCUCGGAGAAAAGGUCGCUUUAAAGGCUCAGAUGGAAGCACCUCGUCUGACACCACAACCAACAGCCUUGUUCGCCAGGGUUCGGCCGACUCCUACACCAGCCGUCCAUCAGACUCCGAUGUGUCCCUGGAGGAAGAUAAGGAGGCAGUGCGCAGAGAGGCAGAGCGACAGGCUCAGGCACAGCUUGACAAGGCCAAGACCAAACCAGUUGCAUUUGCCGUCCGCACAAAUGUCAGCUACAGCCCGAGUCACGACGAUGAUGUCCCUGUGCCAGGCAUGGCCGUCUCCUUUGAGGCUAAAGACUUCCUCCAUGUCAAAGAGAAGUACAACAAUGACUGGUGGAUAGGACGCCUGGUGAAAGAAGGCUGUGAAAUCGGUUUCAUCCCCAGUCCAGUGAAGCUUGAAAACACUCGUAUCCUCCAGGAGCAGAGAGCCAAGCAGGGCAAGUUCCACUCCAGUAAAUUGGGAGCAAACUCAUCAUCUAGUUUAGGUGAAGUUGUUCCUAACUCACGGAAAUCUACUCCUCCUUCAUCUGCUAAACAGAAGCAGAAGUCGACGGAGCACAUUCCUCCAUACGACGUUGUGCCUUCCAUGCGGCCCGUGGUUCUGGUUGGACCGUCACUGAAGGGCUACGAGGUGACAGACAUGAUGCAAAAAGCGCUGUUUGACUUUUUGAAACACAGAUUUGAGGGAAGAAUAUCAAUCACUCGAGUCACGGCGGACAUCUCUCUUGCCAAACGCUCAGUCCUGAACAAUCCCAGCAAGCACGCCAUCAUCGAACGCUCCAACACACGCUCAAAUUUGGCUGAAGUCCAGAGUGAGAUCGAGCGAAUUUUCGAAUUGGCGCGGACGUUACAGCUGGUGGUUCUGGACGCCGAUACCAUCAACCACCCGUCACAGCUGGGAAAGACUUCCCUCGCCCCCAUCAUUGUCUAUGUCAAGAUCACCUCACCCAAGGUGUUACAGCGGCUCAUCAAGUCCAGAGGCAAGUCUCAGGCCAAACACCUCAAUGUCCAGAUGGUGGCCGCCGACAAGCUGGCUCAGUGCCCUCCUGAAAUGUUUGACAUCAUUCUUGAUGAGAACCAGCUGGAGGACGCAUGUGAGCAUAUGGCCGAUUACCUGGAGGCCUACUGGAAAAGCACUCACCCCACCAGCUGCAGCCCCCCUGACCCAGUGCUAGCAAAGCUACCCACAGCCAGCCUGCCCUCCAGCACGGCCCCGGUCUCUGGCGUGCAGGUACAAGUGCUGGGCAUACUCUGGGCCAAUGGAGGCCAUGGAAAAAGAGGGGAACCAAAAGUGUGGGAGGCAGGAUUACAAAGGAAGAGAUGAAAGAAAUCAGAGCUUUGAAGAAUUACAAAAUGUUGUAGUUUGCAUCUACAAUAUCUUCUAAAAGUCUUUACUUUUCUUAUAUUAUGUUAUUCUUUAACAUAUGCACUACAGGUAAGGUGUAAAUUAAGAAUAAUCUACUUUAUCUGGGAUAGGUACACGGAUAUGAAAUACUAAGGAAGAAAUUGAAUUUAAAAUGCUCUACAAGAACCUUCUGAUGCAUAAAGAGGAACUAGAUCAGAGAAAACAUCAAAUAUAAAAGGAUGAACAGGAGCUGACAGCAAGAAAAGAGUUAGCAGAGACAAAACACGCUUCAAGAGAUGGGAACAAAAUUCAUAUUAACAGGUCAAAACAAUGCUGUUAUCACGUUCAUGUGAUUAAUCAUGGCUGAUGCUGAUGAUACAGGAGACCCCUGAAGUUUAACUACCAAAAAACAUGUAAAACUCAAUAGAAUAAAAACAGUUUAGAGACAGUUUGGACGUAGACAGAGAGCUGGACUUUAGUAUUUAACAUGAAAUCAUUUAUUUCACUUUUAAUAGUUCCUUUUCUAAUGUAGUUCCUUUUCAGCUCAGCUCUAAACCAUCGUUUUUGUUUAAUAUAUUUUAUAACAACCCUCACCCUUAUGGGCAGUUUCAGUCAUCUGUAAAUGCUGCAUAAUUCCCUUAUCUCUGCCCUUUCUCUAUCCACUGCCAUCACAAUGUAAGGCUGAGAGCGAAGAAAAUGCUGAUAUUGAUGAGGAGCAGGAGUGAGCUUGUAUUUGCUAGUGUGGUAAGUGCGGCGAGGUCGAGUGAUGAAAGCUGAAGCCGAGGAGCACGCCUUGCUUUUUUUGAGUUCUUACUCCUGGGUCAGAGACGCCCGUGAAUGGAUUUGACGAGAAAGCGUGUGUGUUCAAGUGUGACAUCUUCUUCUUUGUAGUUCUGUGUGAAUUUAGGUGAAACAACUGGGGGGAUUUGAUUUUUAGUUUGCGUGUGCUUGCUGUGAUGUUUUCUGGUUUUGUAUGUGCCAUCGUACUGACUGAUGUGUGUCGCUAAUCUCAG